CUGCUUCCUGAGUCCAAGCUAUUUCGGUAUACCAACUGCCUGUCUAGUUUACACUGGGAGUUAUCCCUGAUUGCAUCAGUGAUUGUGUGUCAGGCUGUCACUUCGUGACGCUCAUGGCUCUCCGAGUCGCCGCUACAUAGCUGCUCAUGAUCAUUCGUGCUCAAACCACACCUGCCCGCGCGUCACAUGGAAAAACCAUCGUUUCCAUCUCUUCUUGAAUUGAUCCCUGUGUUCCUCUAGUCCUGAAUGACACGUGAUCGCGUUCCUGCCUUGCUCAGUCUGCAUCACGUUACCGCGACUGGCCGGAUCCGGUUUUGCGUUUAUGGGCUUGAGCGUCGCUCUGAACACGGCGGCCACUCGAAAUACUCGUCAAUUCCUUGAUAGCGGCCCGAUACAUCUGUGUCCACACAGCAACCAUCGGAGCACGCACUUGGACGCGUUUCGUCAACUUGGAGUCAGACUCAGGUCAUGGGUGGCCAAAGCCGAGAACCACCCAAACAGCUCUGCCGUAUCG